AGUCGUAGGAUUACAGUACAGAUUAAUCUUAUCAACUGCCAAAUAAAGCAGUUACUGGAUGUUACUGUUACAGUCAAGGGAGAGACUUUAGAACAACGUAGCCAAUUUAGCAGAGGACUGCAAGCAUUAAAGGAAAGAAACAAAGUGUUUAUUUAUUUAUAUGAGGCACUAAAAAUAUCCAACAGACAAAUGAACCUUCGUUAUCUAUUCACAAAUCCACAG